UGGUGCUGUUGAACACAUGACAUCAACAUGUUUUUUCUGUACCUCUCAGAUGCACUGAUGAACAGCCUUGGGCUUCGGCUUGUUGGUCCCUACGACAUCUUGGCGGGAAAACACAAGUGUGGGAAGAACCCAAAUCCCAAUUAUUUUCUGCACUGGAGGCACUUCUAUGACCCCCCGGAAUUCCAAACCAUUCUUAUUGGAAGUAGUGAGACACAGUAUCACAUGGGGUACUACAGGGACUCUUCAGAUUCUUUGCCUGUGUUCAUUGGUGCCAACGAAGCAAAGAAGAGCUGUUUGAUAGCACAGAUGGGAGACAAUGUAUUUGCUGCAGUCACGUGAGUUAUUGCUCAGAGAUGUUUUUCCAUUUGUACACGUGAGUCCAUCUGAUUUCUUAUAGUGUUUUUAAGUCAUUUUACUCCCCAUGUAGUUCAUGUUCAGGAAAUUUAGGAUGAAGUUUAUUGUGCUAUGUGAUAUUUAUAAGUUUUCUUUUCUAGAUAUAUUGUUAUUUUAACGGGAUUUGAAUAAUGUGAGCAGUGGUUCUGCCUGCGGUCAGUUACCUGAUCAGGCAGAUGAGCAUCACCGAUUUCUCACGUGUGCGUCCUUUCCAGUAGCAAGAGCAAGUGAAGUGAAGAUUCUCCAAGUGAAGAUUGGUGAUUGUGUAUAUAGAUUAUUCUGAUUACCAGGACUUCUCUUGUAUUCUUAUAGUUAUAAGGACAAAAUCAACAGUACACUGGUUACAAAAUAUAGUACAAUACCGGGGCCAGCGAAAUAUUUUGCUGUUCUUUGUUGGGUAAGGAUAAGUAUUGACAGGCUGAUUUAUUAAAAAGUAUUACAUUUUAUAUGGUGGUUCAAUCUUAGUAGACCUUUUCUUACAAUAUUACUUAAAGAAGGGUUCCAUAAAACCCAGACAAAUUAUCUUCACUUGCACUGAUCUUACUGUUAUUAAUAUUAUUAAUUUACC